AUGACGCGUAGUGUGCACCUUUUGGACUUCAGCUUAAUUAGUGAUGUCAGUGAGGUUGAUGAAUGCGAAAAUAAUGGAUACACCUAUUUCUCACCACAUCAACUCAGUGAGUUGAAAUCUGAGCCUAAUAACCAUGUAAAUACAUCUCCGUGCGUGUCGGAUAUAUCUUAUUCUUCACCUAAACAGGUCAGGUUUGAGGAACCCACUUGGUGGUCGUCAUCACAGAGACAAUUGGCUGAAACAUUUUCCCCGAGCCUCGAUCAAUCAGACAAAGGUCCAUUCCCUGUUCUCGGCCGUCCUGCGUUUAACUUGGACGACAAGGCUGUUGAUUUAGAUGGUCUUCAAUUAAAGUCUCAACGCAAUGCGAGCAUCUUCCAUGUGCCAGUGAAGCACCAGCCGGAUGUGUUUCGCGAUGUAUCGGUGGAUGAUCAUUUGGAUAACUGUGUAAAGUGGUCGACUUCUGAGAGUGCAGUAUCGUGCAUCAACACGUCACAAAGCUUCCGGUCCGAGCAUUGCAUUAAAAAAUUUACAUCUGGACACAAUGUCAGUGUGACACCACCCCCCUUGGAAGAUCGUUUGCCGCGUACCUUGGCUAUUCACCCAUCCCCAACUGACUGCACUACUGUCCCGUCCAUAACCGGGAAAACUAGGGAUUGUCUCAUGAGUUCAAGCAUUAACUCGCGCGCUGGCCCAGGAAAAUCACCGCAAGUGGAUGAAACCACCAGAAAUUUCGCCCAAACUACAAUGUCACCUCCAGGAUCAAUCGUCAACGUGCCCCUGAAUGAUGUACGGGAUAAAUGUGACUGGUCCAAGCCGAGUUUACACAGAGCGAAGCACCUAAUUUACCAAAUAAACAAGCUUACUGAAAGACUGAAUAAAGAAUCUCUAUCAGGUCCUUGUGAGCGUGCACGUAAAGAAGCCGCUCGUUUGGUGGAGGAGGCUUGUGCUGGCUCCUCCCAAAGUAACGCGGAAUCGCUGUUGCUUAAUCCCGGUCUAACUGUGAAUAUACCCGAUGAUGUUUGUACGUUCAACAAUCUCAUGGAAUUGACUGUCGACGAAUCCGAAAUUGUCCGGCUAGAACGAGAACGGGUUGCUAACCAGCGAAAACACAUGGCUCAGUUACGGAAGAAGGCUGCCAAGCAAAAACCGGUGUUUCCGGCUCCCGACCCAUUGGAGUUUUUUGACCCAAAUCAACAUGUUUUCCAGUCAGUCAACCUGCAUGUUCGCGGCCUCCCCAGUUUUCUUCCAUCGGCGCAGCGCGCUUCGGAUGACUCCUACAUGGCAAUUCAAGAACGCAUGAUAGCUGAUUUCUCUCGACUCAAUCCAUAAGAUAUUUUUUCAGUACGGUUCAGCUUGACCUAUGUGUAAUACCACCACUUGGGCUUUCAUUCCAAAAUACGCUUCUUCAUUGGAUUUCUUCUCUCUG